GCAAACAUUUAUUACAGCUUGAUGCCCACAAUAAUAAACCCACCACCAACUUUGGGUUUCCACUUUUAACCUCGUUUUGACCCAUUUCCAGCUCUGUCUCUUCCUUAUCUUCUUCUUCACCCUUCGAAUCCCUUUCUUCUUCUUCUUCAUCAUCAUCUUCUUAUCGGUGGCGGCUUUUCGCUUUAGAAAAGUAAACCCAAGUCUUCUUUUGUUUCUUUGCUGCUGGGAUGUCACCCUUGGAUUGUGAGAUGUUUUGUGGAUGUUUGACUAGUUCUUAGUCUGUAGCUUUUCGGAUUAUGGGACGCGAGAUGGUGGAGUCGUGGUUUGGCAGUUCAUGGUGGAAUCUGAGGAAGAGUGCUUCUGAGAGUACCGACAAGGUGGUGCUUGGAAUUUUGGCUUUUGAAGUCGCGGCCUUUAUGUCCAAGGUGGUGAAUUUAUGGCAUUCUUUGGAUGAUAGGGAGAUCUUGAGGUUGAGGGAAGAUAUUGAAGACUCAAUUGGAAUUCAAAGGCUUGUAUCUGAUGAUGAGAAUUACCUUAUGGAUCUUGCACUGAAUGAGGUAAUGGAGAAUUUUGGACAUCUGGCAAUGUUUGUGGCCAGGCUCGGGAAGAAGUGCACUGACCCUGUAUAUCACCGUUUUGAAGCCUUCAUAAAUGAUCCGCUUUUGAACAAUCUCGAGUGGUUUGGGUGGGAAUAUCGGUGGAAGAAGAUGGACAAGAAAGUGAAGAAAAUGGAGAGAUUUGUUGGAGUUACGAUGCAGUUGGCUCAAGAGUUGGAAGUGUUAGCAGAACUUGAGCAAACCCUUAGGAGGAUGCAGAGAAAUCCCGAGUCUGAUCGGGUGAAAUUACUUGAGUUCCAACAGAAAGUAAUAUUGCAGCGUCAGGAAGUAAAAAGUCUACGCAAGAUGUCUCCAUGGGUUAGAACUUAUGAUUACAUCGUGCGGUUUCUCUUGAGAACACUUUUAACAGUACUUGAGAGGAUAAAACAUGUGUUCGGGACCAACCAAAUGGCAUCCGUAGAUGCAAGUGAUGAUUUUGAAUCUAUAAAUAGCGAUUGUCUUUCACGUAGCCAUUCCUUUUCCACCAUAAUACCAUCUUCAGUGUAUCCUUCUGAUCAUAAUCUGUGCGGGUUCUCGUCUGGACCUCUGGGCAGGUCAUUUUCAAAGACUAUGAAGCAUCGAACUAACAGCAAGCAUCUAAAAUCUCACUAUCACUCUACUGCUUUACAUGGAAAGCUGCUGCAUUCGAGAACCAAACGGGCUGGUCAUGUUGCAUUUGGACCUUUUAAAGGAUGCAUGUCAGCUGGAAGCGUUUCUCCUGUUUUAGAGAGCUGCAAGCCAAUUGGCAGUGCAUCUAUGAGGUUCAGUGGUGCUUACACCAAAAAUAUCGACAAAAUAAACAAUUCAAAGAUGGAGACAUUGUCCAGAAGCAAUAAUAUAUACUCUAAACUAUACAUUUUCAAUACUAAGCGAUUGUUGAAUGCUCCUACAUCAACACUUUGUGCUGCUGCAUUAUCUCUCCGAUAUGCAAACUUGAUUAUCUUGAUAGAGAAACUAGUUUUGUCACCUCACUUGAUCAGUGUCGAUGCAAGAGACGAUCUAUACAGUAUGUUACCUACAACUAUGAGAAAUGCUCUGCGCAUUAAACUGAAGCCAUAUGUAAAGACUUUGGCUUCAUCCAUCUAUGAUGCUUCCCUUGCAGCAGAGUGGAGCCUUGCACUGGUGGGGAUACUGGAAUGGCUGGCGCCACUCGCUCACAACAUGAUCAGGUGGCAGUCCGAGCAUAAUUUUGAGGAACAGCAAUUGGUUUCCAGGUCAAAUGUACUUUUGGUACAGACGCUGCACUUUGCUGAUCAAGAAAAAACCGAAGCAGCUAUUACCGAGCUUCUCGUGGGCCUUAAUUAUGUCUAUAGGAUUGGUAAAGCACACAAUGAAAAGGCUUUACCGGAAUCUGCCGACAGUGGCUGUACCCUAUAUCCGCUCAAAGGGGAUGAUGACACUAGAUAACACUUCCUGAGGCAUCAUCCAAUGCCACCAUGAGGCCUGUCUUAACGUCUAAGAACAAAGAAGAAAUCCAUCCCAUUUUCAAGGUACUUAGUUGAGCCUUAUCUGAAAUUCAGUGUCUCUUGUUUUGAAGCAAGCCUUUGUUGAUAUACAUAUUCAUUUACAGUAACAUGUGUAUGUUCAGCAAUUUCAUUGCUGUUAGUUAAAUGCUAUGAUUUCGAACACUCUGCUGCUUCAUAACCGCGAGUAACCAUUCUUUCGAAAUCGAAAAAGACAGGGUCACGUCGAUUUUGUAUCGUCGAUAUGUCGAUGUUUCUUCCAUGAAUAAACAGACUGCAGGCUUUUCUCAGGUGCCAUGUUAAAAAA